GCGCUCCCAGACAACCAGCGGUGACAUCAGGACCGGCAGUGCGGUCAGUGCAGCCUCGGACUCGGCUUCUCUGUGCGGGAGAGAUGGCGUCCCUUCUGCAGCCGGAUAGAGCGGUCUAUCUGGUCCGUGGAGAGAAAAAGAUCCGAGCUCCUUUAUCUCAGCUUUAUUUCUGUCGCUACUGCAGUGAGCUGCGAUCUCUGGAGUGUGUUUCUCACGAGGUGGACUCCCACUAUUGUCCAAGCUGUCUGGAGAACAUGCCAUCCGCAGAGGCCAAGCUGAAAAAGAACAGGUGUGCAAAUUGUUUCGACUGCCCGUGUUGCAUGCACACACUGUCUACUCGGGCCACCAACAUCCCAGCGCCUCUGCCCGAUGACCCUACCAAGACGGCCAUGAAGAAGGCCUACUACCUGGCUUGCGGCUUCUGUCGCUGGACCUCCAGGGACGUGGGAAUGGCUGACAAAUCAGUUGCUAGUGGUGGGUGGCAAGAGCCGGAGAACCCUCAUACUCAGCGGAUCAACAAGCUGAUCGAGUACUAUCAGCAGCUGGCCCACAGAGAGAAGCAGGAGAGAGACCGGAAGAAGCUGGCCAGGAGACGACAGUGCAUGCCUCUGGCGUUCUCGCAACACACUAUUCAUGUGGUGGAAAAAUAUGGCCUUGGAACCAGACUGCAGAGGCAGAGGUCUGGAGCUCCCAUAUCAAGCCUGGCUGGCCUUUCCCUUAAAGAGGGCGAGGACCAGAAGGAGAUCACCAUCGAACCUGCCCAGGCCCUGGAUGAAGUGGAACCCCUGCCUGAAGAUUGUUAUACCAGGCCCAUCAGCUUACCUGAGGUGACUACGCUGCGCCAGCGGCUCCUGCAGCCUGACUUCCAGCCUGCCGGGGCGUCUCAGCUCCACCCCAGACACAAACACCUCCUGAUGAAGCGCUCACUGCGCUGCAGGAAAUGUGAGCACAACUUGAGCAAGCCAGAGUUUAAUCCCACUUCAAUCAAGUUUAAAAUACAACUGGUGGCUGUGAGUUACAUCCCUGAAGUGCGAAUUAUGUCCAUUCCAAAUCUCCGGUACAUGAAGGAGAGUCAAGUGCUGCUGACCCUGACCAACCCAGUGGAGAACAUCACCCACGUCACAUUGGCUGCGUGCGAGGAGGAAGAUCCUGAUGACAUCAACAGCACUGCCAAGGUUAUAGUACCCACCAAGGAACUGGUGUUGGCAGGAAAGGAUGCUGCAGCAGAGUAUGAUGAACUGGCUGAACCCCAGGACUUCCAGGAUGACCCAGAUGUUGUUGCCUUCAGGAAAUCCAACAAGAUUGGGUUCUUCAUCAAAGUGAUCCCUCAGAAAGAAGAGGACGUGGAUGUCGCUGUUUCAUUUAAGAUCCGACACGAUUUCCGCAACCUCGCAGCUCCCAUCAGGCCGAGCGAGGAGGGAGCCGAAACCACUGCCGAGGCCAUUUGGCUCACGCACCACGUAGAGCUGAGGCUGGGGCCACUCGCUCCCUGAACAUGAAGACACCGGUUAACAGUUCUAGUGUCGGAUUCUUUGAAUACAUUUCCUUAAACUGUGGGAUUAAUUUAAUUUACGAAUGAUUUCUGAUUCUGCUUAUCGAUACGUAAGAACCAUUUAAGAUCUACUUGAGUUUUUUUUUUUUUGCUUUAGCUUCAUUUGCAUCAUCAGACACAUUACAGAACAUACAGCGGUUGCAUGAUAGCCCAGUUUAUUAAACUAUAUAAAACGAUGGCUGACUGCAGACUAACUGAAGUGCAUCAAGUUUAUCUUCACUCUUUUUUUUGUACUUCACCACAUCGUCCGCUUAAACACUAUACAAUCUAUCCGUAAAAAGCACUUUUAGAGUGAGGUAACUUACAGGAAACCAAACUUUAUAUAUAGAUGUAAUUGCUUAUAAGUAUAGUUAUAAGUAUAAUAAGUUCUGUUUCUCUUAUUUGCUGCUGUUUUACAUACAGUAUUUUCUUAAAUAGCAAUGAGGCUAUAACCUCCGGGCUUCUAUCUCAACCUGAAGUAUGUUUUGUCUAAUUAAAUCUAUUAACUGUGGAUUUUUUUGUUGUGAAAUAUUGGUAUUUAAUGUAUGUGGUUACACAUUAAUAUAACCUCUAGAUCAUAGAAAAAGUAGCGAAUAAAUGAAGCUGAUGAGCAGAAUCAGAAAUCAUAACUGAACAAUCUGAACAAUUCACGUGCAGCACUCGCCUCUGCGCUUUUAGCCUAACGUAUCCUCGUCAACAUCCUUUUCUGCAGACAAUAAUAUCGUAUUAACUCGCAUGCUUCAACUAUAGUGAAUAUCGCACACGUUAGGUUAGACAGUGUCAUCACAGUUACUGAUCCUGUGCUGUUUUCUUAUCCGAAAAGGUUCUCUGAUUGAAGGCGAUACCUGCCAAUAAUUUUACUAUUGUCUGAAGUUAAACCUUCAUUGGCACUGUGGAGAGGAUGUAUAAGAAGCUCUGUUAAUUUCACGUGUUCAUCAUAAAGUGUACUGAGACACUAUCGUUUUUUUUCUGAUUUUGAAGUGUGUUAUUUUGGGUUCUAGAUUGACUGACGUCUGUCGGUGUGUACGGUAAACUGCUGUCAUGUUUGGUCUCUCAAGUGUGUUAGUAAAACAGAGCCUUCCAACAACAAACAGUUAAUCCUCUGUACCGGCUAAUAAACUAAUGUGAUACUGUAACAGA